AACCUAAAAGUAAAACUUCGUCGUUUAAGGAGUCCAUCUUUUUCUCUCAUCGUCUCACGCUUUCAGGCCCUCGGCUCUCCGCCUCGACUUUCGGCAGACUGCAGCCGGCUAUUCACUCUCACAGUCUCUCGAUUCACUCGAAGAAUCCCCCGCCUCUGAAUCUAGCCGCAGCACAGAAGCAAAGCGUUGCCUGCCCCUCAACCUUGCCGCUGCACGGAAGCAAUUUGCUGCCCCUCAUCCUUCCCGCAUCACAGAAGCAAUCCAUCAGGAACAAGUAAACCAAAACACCAAGGAAAAUGGAUGCUGGUCUGAAUGGAGAUUCUAUGGAAAAGCUUAAGGGUGUGCGAAUUACCUCUCUUGAUGAUGAUGAUGAUGAUGAUUUUGAAGGACAAGAAAAUGAAGAAGAACAAGAACCAACUCUUGAAGAAGAAGAAGACGAUGAUGAUGACGAAGAAGAAGAACCAGUAACCCUAGGUUUUGUGGAGAAGCCUAAACAUUCUUGGUCUCUUCUUCGGCAAUUAUUUCCUAGCAAGGCUGGUGGUGUGCCGGCAUGGUUAGAUCCAGUCAAUGUACCAUCUGGAAGGUCCUGUGCUUGUGACAUAUGUGGAAAUCCCCUUCAAUUUUUGCUUCAGGUCUAUGCACCAAUAUCUGAGAAGGAAUCAACAUUUCAUCGAACAUUAUUCUUAUUUAUGUGCCCCAAAAUGUCGUGUCUUCGUCGUUAUCAACAUGAACAAUGGAAGUGCAGGUCAAAGAACUCAUCUCGAAGUGUGAAGGUUUUCCGUUGUCAAUUGCCUCACCUUAAUCCUUUUUACUCAAGUGAGGCCCCAAGACUUGAUGGAACGGACAAACCUUCUAGAUCUGGAGUUGCACUUUGUAAUUGGUGUGGUACCUGGAAAGGAGAUCAAUUUUGUAGUAGUUGCAAAAAAGCACGUUACUGCUCGCAGCAACACCAGGUUGUGCACCGUAAAAUUAAUUGUCAGCAACUGAGUCUUUCUUCUCAAUUACCUAACUCUAGCUCCAGCAGUGGCGAAACCACUUCAUUGGAGAUAAUUAAAGCUGCUAGCAAUGCUCUUUGGCUAGAGUACGAGAUAAUAAAUGAGGAUGAAAGUGAAUUGCAUGCUGAAAUGUCUGAUGAUAAGGCAUAUGAUAAGCCGUUGAUAUCAAAGAAGAGAACUGAUGACUCAAUGAUGUCAUUAGUGGACUGUUUCAAGGGGGAUAGUGACAGAAAAUGCUGGGCUUCUUUCCAAGAGCGUAUAGCCAAAGCUCCAGAACAAGUGUUGAGAUAUUGCAGGAAUGCCAAUGCAAAACCCCUCUGGCCGACGUCUAGUGGCCGGCCAUCUAAGGAUGAUAUUCCUAACUGCAGUUAUUGUGGCAGUUCCUCAGAUUUUGAAUUUCAGGUCUUGCCCCAGUUGCUUUACUAUUUCGGCGUGAAGAAUGACGAUGUGGAUUCUCUUGAUUGGGCAACUAUCGUUGUGUAUACGUGCAGAGCCUCUUGUGAGGCUAGUGUAGCUUACAAACAAGAGUUUGCUUGGGUUCAACUCUGACGACCUUUUGCUGAUGUAGUUUAUCCAAUUUACAUGGGACAUUGUGGAUCUUGAAUCUCCAUUCUCAUUAUAAUCGUAUUCGAUGCUUUUAGUCCAAA